AUGGCAUGUGAGCCGCCACCGCCGAAAUCCCCACCAGCUGCUCUGACCACCAUAUCUGCCCUCGGCGACGACCUCCUUCGGGAGAUAUUCCUCCGCCUCCCCUCCCUCCCGACCCUCGUCCGCGCCGCCCUCGCCUGUCCCGCCUUCCUCCGCGCCGUCCGUUCAUCCCCCGCCUUCCGCCGCCGCUUCCGCGACCUCCACUCGCCCCCACUCCUCGGCCUAUUCCUCGACUUCUUCGACUCCGACACCCCUGCCUUCCGCCCCGUCCGCCUGCGCUCCGACCCGGACCUCACCGCGGCCGUCCGUGGCGCCGAUUUCCUCCUCACCCGCCUUCCCGACGACGAAGGCCCCGACCCCGAGUGGUCAAUCAAGGACUGCCACGACGGGUACGUUGUUCUCAUCAGCUAUAACAGAGCCGAUGGCUUGGCCGUCUACAACCCCCUGACGCGUGCCCUACAUCUCUUCCCCACGCCGCCCGACGAGAUCUGCGCAAACAUGUGCACCGAGUACCAUGUCCUCUCCUCGGAAGAGGACCAAGGCCCGUUCCGCUUUAUCUGCGUCGGCAACGAAGACUACGGGGCGCAAGCCGCCAUCCUCUCGUCAGAAACCAGAGAGUGGCAGAUUUUCCCGUUGGUGUUCGCUCCAAACAUGCGGCCCGUGUUGGAGCCUUUGGACGAGAAGUACACCCCCGACAACGGAAAGCUGGUGAAUGGCUCCAUCUACUGGGUAGCAGAGAGUCUAGCCACGGCGCGCGUGCUCAGCACCGCUACGAUGCAGUUCUCUCGGAUCAAUCUACCUCACGUGGAAGGGCAAGAAGCACUUGUUGCCGGUGAGACUAGGGAUGGGAAGCUCUGUGUCAUCUGCACUGUGAAACGCACCCUUGUUGUUUGGCUCUGGGGAACCGAUAAUGAUGGUUUGGAGAGGUGGAUGUUGGACAAGAUAUUUCCGCUGGAGCAGGGCAUUGAUGGGCUCAGGGGCAGUUUCAUGGAUGAUCAUGUUAUACUCAAGGUUAUCGUGAUUGAAAACGGCUUUGUGUACUUGUCUGCUUACUGUGAGGUGGAUCUCAAGUUACCUGGCUGGUUCCUAUCCUUUUGCCUGGAAACGGAGGAGCUCAAUAAGCUCUUUCCCAUCAUUCACGACGAUAUGUAUCCCUACAUCAUGGCAUGGCCUCCUUCUUUGGUGCUCGACAAGCCCUGCAGCUCCAGUUAAAGUCUGAGCGAGCUACCAGAAACUACUGAAGUGAAGUGAUAUGUGUUCAAUGUGCUGCAUCAUUCAUAUGCCUCCUGAGGAGCGGUAGAAGAAACAUAUUUUCAAGUUCUUUCAGGCUGCAAUACUUGAUAAAACUAGUGAAGUGAUAUUCUCACUGGGCUACAUCAUUCAUAUGCCUCCAGAGUCUCAUGUGAAGAAGAUUUGUUUGAGUUCUUUCAUGCUACCGAGCUUGACUGCGGCAGACUGGGUUGAUUCGUAGGAAUAAUAUUAAUUAUUUAAAGAAAUUUUAAUGUACCUUGAAAAUUUCCAUAUAUCUGUAAUGAAGUAAUGAAUGAUCGCAAGCACUCGGGUUUAUACAAUUGCUCAAUUUACCUGUUGGAGAAGUAGAAAUCUGUUGUAUUUGGAGGUCAUGCAAACAGAAAAGAGUGAUUUCUGUACUGA